AUGGCUGACCUUCCACCUUUCGAACCCACCAGUUUCAAGUACACUCAAUCGCCGAAUCCAUCGUGGUCUUUUGGAGAUCCCAUCACUACAACUGAAGAUGGUCGCAAAUGGGUCGAGGACGAGAAACAGGGCUGGAAGACGAUCGAUGCAACGAAGGAGGAUCCGAGGACGUUGUAUGCCUUGAGUGUCUCCGGUCUUGUGCCUCGCCCCAUCGCGUUUGUGUCUUCUGUCGCAGCCAAUGGUAGCGAGAACAUCGCACCGUUUAGCUGGUUCAACCAGGUCAGCACAAACCCGCCGGUCAUCUCUGUUUCUUGUUCACCAGCGGGACGACACAAAGACACCGCAAACAAUAUACGCGAAACCAAAGGAUUCACUGUGAAUAUCAUCAGUGAACCCUGGAUCGUCCAAGCGAAUGCGGCUUCUAUUGACGCCCCGGCCGAAAUCAACGAAUGGACCGUUACUGGUUUAACCAAAGAGCCAAGUAUAUCUGUAACGGCCGCAAGAGUCAAAGAAUCUGCUUUCACGAUGGAAUGCGAAUUACUGCAACAUAUCGAAAUCAAGAAUGCGGCGGGAGGCGUCGCUGCUGAUCUUAUCCUUGGAACGGUCAAAUACAUCCAUAUCCGCAACGCCGUUCUCAACGACCGGGGACUGGUUGAUCCAGUCAAACUCCGUCCAGUCAGCAGACUCGGAGAAAUUGCCUAUGCCACUAUUGGAGACGUAUUCCGCAUUCCGCGGCCGGUCUGGAAGGAUGAGAAGGAUGAACUGGAAAAUAAGUUUGGCAACGCUUUGCUAUAG